AUGGGGCCAGACAUUGUUUGCAGUAUGCUUCCCUUCGACCACGGAGGACAUCUUACAUGUUCUACAUGGGAUAAGCAUGUAAAGCAUGUUGCACAAACCUUGGAGAUUUUGAGGCAGCGCAAAUUUUUUACUAAGGCAAGCAAGUGCGUUUUCAGACGGCAAGAACUGGAGUAUCUAGGGCAUAUAAUAACGCCUCAAGGAGUGAAGGUUGAUGAUAAAAAAAUUGCAGCUAUGCUCGCAUUGUCCCGACCUACUAACAUUUCUGAAUUGCGUGGUUUCUUAGGCUUGACAGGAUACUACCGGAAGUUCGUGCAAAAUUACGGCAUCAUUGCUCGGUCCCUCACCAACCUACUCAACAAAGGGAAGUACAGGUGGCAUGAAGAGGCCGAAACAACCUUCUCGGCACUUAAGCAAGCAAUGACCACCACUCCCACUUUGGCUAUGCCUAAUUUCAAUAAUUCUUUCACCAUUGAAACUGAUGCUUCGGGCGACUGA